AUGAAGGAAGGAGAACUCAUCUCAGAUUACUUCUCAAGAGUCUUGACGGUUACUAAUAACCUAAAGAGAAAUGGUGAGAAGUUAGAUGAGGUGAGAAUCAUGGAGAAAGUUCUUAGAUCGUUGGAUUCGAAAUUCGAGCACAUUGUUACCGUGAUUGAAGAGACAAAAGACUUGGAGACUAUGACGAUGGAGCAACUUCUUGGAUCACUACAAGCUUAUGAAGAAAAGAAGAAGAAGAAAGAAGAUAUUGUGGAGCAAGUUCUCAAGAUGAAAAUUGAUCAAAAGGAAGAAGCUGCCCGAAAUCAUCCGAGACAUGGUGGUGGUCAUUUCCGAGGACGAGGACGUGGUGUCAAUGGAAGAGGUUGGAGACCAUAUGAAGAAAACUUCAACCAAAGAGGAGAGAAUUCAUCAAGAGGUCGUGGAAGAGGAAAUCCAAAAUCAAGGUACGAUAAAUCAAGCAUCAAAUGCUAUAGUUGCGGAAGGUUUGGACAUUAUGCUUCUGAAUGCAAAACUCCAAACAACAAUAAAGUUGAAGAGAAGUCCAACUAUGUUGAAGAAAAGAGUAAAGAAUAA